GAGGCUUUCCUGUCACUGGAUACUACUACUCCCAGCCCUCCUCGAAGCCGCCGGAGCAACCCCCUGGUCUUUAGUUUACAAGUAGCAAUUUGACUUGCUCUGCUGCAUGUCAAGAGGGACCGUGGAAAGUGUGGAGACAUCCCGGGGAUUAAGUGGUCGCAGUUUAGAAAGGAAAAAAGGCAAACAAAUAAACAAAACGCACCCACCCUAACAAACAUGAGGCUGCUGGAGCGAAUGAGGAAAGAAUGGUUCAUGAUUGGAAUAGUGCUGGCGAUCGCCGGAGCUAAGCUGGAGCCGUCCAUAGGGGUGAACGGGGGACCACUGAAGCCAGAAAUAACUGUCUCCUACAUUGCUGUUGCAACAAUAUUCUUUAACAGUGGACUAUCAUUAAAAACAGAGGAGCUGACCAGUGCUCUGGUGCACAUACGACUGCAUCUUUUCAUUCAGAUCUUCACACUUGCAUUCUUCCCAGCAACAAUAUGGCUUUUUCUUCAGAUUUUAUCAGUCACACCAGUCAAUGAAUGGCUUUUAAAAGGUUUGCAGACUGUAGGUUGCAUGCCUCCCCCUGUGUCUUCUGCAGUGAUUUUAACCAAAGCAGUUGGUGGAAAUGAGGCAGCAGCAAUAUUUAACUCAGCCUUUGGAAGUUUUUUGGGCAUCAUUAUAACGCCCCUGUUACUGCUGCUUUUUCUUGGCUCGUCCUCUUCUGUGCCUUUUACAUCUAUUUUCUCUCAGCUUUCUGUGACUGUUGUGGUUCCUCUCAUCAUCGGACAGAUUGUCCGGAGGUACAUCAAGGACUGGCUGGAAAGGACGAAGCCUCCUUUCGGAGCGGUCAGCAGCAGCGUGCUCCUCAUGAUCAUCUACACGACCUUCUGUGGCACCUUCUCCAACCCGAGCAUCGACCUGGAUAAACUCAGCCUUGUGGUCAUUCUGUUCAUAAUAUUUUCUAUUCAGCUGAGUUUUAUGCUUUUAACCUUCAUCUUCUCAACACGGAAUAAUUCGGGUUUCACACCAGCAGACACUGUGGCUAUCAUUUUCUGUUCUACACACAAAUCCCUCACUUUGGGAAUUCCGAUGCUGAAGAUCGUGUUUGCAGGCCACGAGCACCUCUCUCUGAUAUCCGUGCCUCUGCUCAUCUACCACCCGGUUCAGAUCCUCCUGGGGAGUGUGCUGGUGCCAACAAUCAAGUCCUGGAUGGUGUCAAGGCAGAAGGGGGUGAAGCUGACGAGGCCGACAGUAUAGCGAAGGAAGCUCUGCCACGGCGUGUACAUAUGUACAGGAUUGUCCACACUUCUGACGACUUGUACUUGUGAAUGUUGCUCCAAUGCAUAUUUUAUUUUUUUACACACACACACAAAAUGAUAUAACUGUUGAAGUGCCUUAAAAAUGUAUUUGAAAAGAGCGGAAUUUCCCAAACCCACGUUGUUGGUUACUGCCAGGGGUGGUCCACUAUUUUGGAGUUGUUUAACAUUUUUUUCCUGACGCAGGGAACAGUCGUCGUAGGUGACAAAAGCCCCACCUUUGUGCAAUACUGUAUAUCUGCAGUGGCCACUGAACUGUUAGCAGUGAGUCAGCCACUAGAGAACGUCCUUCUGAUGACCGUGAGAACUUCCAAAGUCUCAUUCACAAAUGCUUUGAUUGACUGUGCGACUUUUUUCUACAACUGUGACAUGCCUCUUAUCAGCUCAGCAGGGGUCAGAGACCUAACAGAAGCUGAAAAGCACGGUUAUCUGCAUUUCUUGACAUCAUUUUUCUAGACAUUCCUUCAAAUAGUUUCCACCCGAAAUUCCUCUGUCCCGUGAUAAGAGAUUGUGAUAUUAUAUAUCUUAAAUUUAUUAUAAACUGCUUCAAAGAAAAAGCCUGACGUUUGCAUUAUGAGUAGAUUAAGUGAAGUUUUGAGGUAAACUACAGGAUUUGGUUUUCAGGAUUUUUCCUCUUCCUUCCAUAAUUUCAUUCCUGUCUUCCAGUGUACUUGCAACCUCGCGACAGCCAAAUGUGAGACCAAAACGUUAUAAUCGGUUUGAGAACAGCAACGAUUAAUGAUGGACUCACAUCCCAUGACUGAGAAAAAAAUUGCUUCCUGUUACACAGAUGUGCUGAGCACAGAUCGCCCCCUUUGGCCAGAAGCAGCCUGUUACACCCUUGAAUUAAGCACACUUAAGGCAUUUGAGACACGUUAUUAAUGAGAAUUUCCGUGGCAGAUUUGACAAAUGAUUGCAACUUUUUUUUUAAUGAAAUCAUAUUGCUCUUAUGAAUAAGUGGAAAUACAAUGGUCAUGGAUGCAAACAUUUGUUACAGACUCUCAUUCUCUCUAGCCAAAUGGAAAGAAAAAUGGGCACAGAAAAUGCAAAACCAUUCACUGACCAAAAUGUCAAGUAAAAUGAGUUCCCCAUUGGGCUUCAACUUUCCAAAGAGCUUGGAACAUUUGCCUCUGCUAUGGCUGGACGGGCUUUCACUGGGCCCAGACAGAGAACAAGGCACUCUGGAAUCAGGGAGGACGUGUUCUCUGUUUUCUGCACACCAUUCUGUCACAUCCUCUCUGCAUGGCCUCUCUUGAUUUGACAGACGAGAUUGGCAUCCCGGGUCACACUGAGGCCACACUCGGUCCUCGGCAGCUGUUUUGUCAACAAAAGAAAAAUCAUUCCUUAGAAACCUCCCAAGUUUAUCAAGAGUGUACAUUUACAUUCUUCUUACUACCAGCUCUCAUCUUGUCAUUUUUCUGACUCAUUUCAACAUCACUGAAUUUCAUAAAUUUCAGAAGAGUUAUCCUCGGUGUCCAUCUUACGGCUAGUGCCAGACCCCACACAAAGCUGCCUGAACAGGCUGUUUGUCAAGAAUUUCUGUUGUCGAGACUUUCACUUGUGUCUGAAACUACAUAAUUCUGCUUGAUACUUUGGAUGCUUAUAUAUGGAGCUCAGAAAGGUUUUCAUGUUUUGUUCCUAUACACUUCUUUGAAUUUCAGAGUAAAUGAAAUUGUCUGUCUGUCUGAGUUAUAAAAACUAGCAUUAGAAUACUGAUUUUCCCUCCAACUUAUCUACCUCUCUUGUCAAACACCUAUUGUAGGUGUAUGAUUAUGGGAUAAAAUUCAACUGAAAAUACUAUACUUUUGCUUUAAAAAAAAAUG